UUUUUUUUUUCUUUGCAAUAACUCAGACUGUCCAAAUGUGUUAGCAUUGCUAGUUUGUUUUUUCUCUUUGCAAAUGUGCAAGUAGUCAGGAUUGUGUCUGUGUGUAUUUUUGCACCAUGUACAAAUAAAUCUACAUGGACCAAGAGUAAAUCGAAGACGGAGAUAAGUAUGUCCUGAGAAAGUGUGUGUCUAUGUGUGCGCGUGGGGAGGGGGAGCAAAAGCUCCAGUUGAAUCAGGAAAGCUUGUAAAUACCAUUUCGUGUCACUUAGAAAGUUAAAAGAGCAAAAGAUUUUGCAUAAAUAUGCAUUUUCUGAAUUGCAAUAUGUCGAGUCUCCCUUGAAAAGAGGCUAUUAGUCUAGUAGGACUAACCCGGUCAACAAAUGACAACAUAAAUGAAUAGAUACACAAAAAACGACGUACGAAACUCUAACGUCUGGCAUUUUGACUUUAAUCCUCGGUUAGUUAACAGGAAAAAAAUCAUGAGGGAAAACACAAACAUAUGAGAUAAAUUCAGAGACAUUUGAAAGCUGUGCGUAGCUCUGUCUUCUGCAUUUAAAGUAAAUGGUUGAAACCUUAGCAAGCAGUUGGUGUUGUUGAAUACACCGAGAACAAUGUGGGUUGUAACGUCGCAUCUUCGUCAGCUGCAGCUGGAAAAUGCUUUCCCGCGACACGUUGCUACUAGUUCAGUUCAGCACCAUUUCUGUUUGGACAGCGCCUGAACAACCUUGUAUAUUCCCUGCUUUUUCUCCAGGCCUCUGCAAUGCAAUUCGCAGAUAACACAGAGGCGCAUAUUCAGUAAGAGGAUGGUGAUGAUGACAUACUUAAACAAAGUAUUAUACAAUUACUUCAUUCUUCCAGGCGCAGAUGGUCAUUUUCUUAAGGGUUAAAAAAUACUGAAAAACAAAACAUGGACAGUCGUCAGGACUAAAGCUGGACUAGAAUGGCAUCACGAGCACCAGACAGCGUGGAGCAAGAGACAUCUCUGAGUGUGGUGCCAAAGAAAGAGAUCUGCUGCAAUAGAAACUACCUACCAAUAAGUCACAAAGAGGCCCAGAGUCAUAAUCAGUCAAGCAAAGAACAAGAACUUGGGAAUCCAAGUCAUUCAGGACAUGGAACCCUACCCCAGUUAUCUGUCUCAGCAACAGACCAGUUACCAGUUUCGGGUGGAAAAUACAGUGGUGGAUUGAAUGGUCAAAUAGAAUCUGGGUCAGGCAAUGUCCUCCACCAAAAGAAGUGUUUGAACUGUAGUCACCAGCAGUCCAGAACUGGAUGUACCAAAAUGCAGAACACUGACCAUGUAGAAAAACUGACCCUAUGCUCUCAUCACUCCAGUAUCCAGACAGUACAUAGUGGCAAACUGUCUCCUUCACCUUCUCACCUCGGGACACCCAAAUGUCAGUGGAAGCAGAGGUCACAUGAUCAAAAAGAGCAUCAUGCACUGCAACAACACAUUGUGACAGUCAGACAUGACAAAGGUUACAAGAUGCCUAAAAGUUAUGCCCAGCUGAUUGCUAAUUGGCCAGGAACUGUCUUGGUGACCUGCAGCGUGCUGGUCCUGGUGUGCACAUUGGCAGGGAUUCUAACUGGGGACCUACCAGAUUUCUCCAGACCACUGCUGGGAUUUGAACCUCGAGGGACUGAGCUAGCUAACAGAUUAGCAGCCUGGAACAGCAUUCAGCAGCACACUGGUAAUGGAAAAACAUUGCUACUUUAUCCAUACACAGAGCAAGUCUCCUUCAGUUAUGCUGAUAUGAGCCAUAGUCAAGCUUAUGGACUUGCCAGUACGAAACAGGAACAGAGAAAGAGAAGAAUGGUGGAGCAGGAAUCUGCUAAAAAUGGUUUCUUCUGCGGAACUCCAGAUUCAAGCUAUUCUCAACUUGUCUUCAUGACAGAGACCAGAAGAAGUCUAUGGAAUCUUACUGCUAUCCAGUCUAUGUGCAGAAUGGAAUCAGAGAAGAUUCGUUCCCAUCCACUAUUUGCAAAUCUCUGCAAGCGGCAUGAUACAACAGAGUGUUGUCCAAGCUGGUCACUAGGAAAUUACAUUGCUGUCAUGAACAAGAGGCCUUCCUGUCUGGAAAUUACUAAUGCAGAUGUAUCCCACACUUUGAAACAACUCCGCAGCUGUGCACCCUACUACCACAACAGUUCUCUUCGGUCUUCUUGUAUGGGGCUAAAGAGAGAGAAAGAACGACAUCCAUAUUGCUCUAAGUUGCUCACAAAUUGUACUCAGCUUGAUGCUGUUUAUUACCUUCUUCACUACUUGGUGGACAAGGAUUUCCUGAGCCCCCAAACAGAAAACUAUCAAGUGCCCUCUCUGAAAUAUAGUAUGUUAUUCUUACCUGUAGAAAAAGGAAAGUCUAUGAUGCGCAUCUAUAUGGACAACCUGGAAAGGUGGAAUCGCUCAGAUGAAAUUACUUCUAUAACGGGAAUUGAUUUUGGCAUCAAGCAGAACUUGUACCAUCAUUAUCUCGCUAUGGAUACUGUAUAUCCUGUACUGGCAAUGCUAGCCAUCUUCAUUGGCAUGGGCUUUUACUUACACUCGGCUUUCAUUACAUUCAUGGUCAUUGUGGCUGUAAUAAGCUCACUGAUCAUAUCAUAUUUUCUGUACAAGGUGGCCUUCCGAUUUUCCUAUUUCCCUUUUAUAAACCUAAUAGCCAUUAUUCUGCUUACCAGCAUAUGUGCCAAUAAUGCCUUUGUCUUUAUGGAUCUAUGGAAUCUUCACCCAAUGCAAAAGUCUCCUGGUGAUCUAUCCCAGAGGGUAAGCCAAACCUUGCACCACUUUGGUUACUUAAUGACAGUGUCAAGUUUUACUAUUAGUGCUGCAUUCUAUGCCCUAUACUUGAGCAAUAUAACUGCCAUUCGCUGCUUUUCGGUAUAUAUGGGUACAUCUGUUCUUGUGAGUUUUGCUUUUCUGAUGACAUGGUUUCCUGUCUCUGUAGUGUUGCAUGAGAGAUUCAUAGGGACAUCUUGCAGUUACAGUCCUCCUAGUUACUGGGACAACAGUAGAAAAAGGUACCUUUUGAUUCUUCAGCAGAAGUUCAAAGGAUUUCAAAGAACUCUGUCUGAUACCUUGAAGCUGCUGUUUGAGAAACUUCUGCCUUGUGCAGUCAUCAAGUUUCGUUACAUAUGGAUCUUUUGGUUUGCAGCUCUAGCUGUAGGUGGGACCUACAUUGUGUGCGUGGACCCUAAAAUGAAACUUCCCACAUUAGAAAUGCCUACCAUCCAGGUAUUUAGAUCUAGCCACCCCUUUGAGAGGUAUGAUGCAGAAUAUAGCCACCAGUUUAUGUUUGAGAGGGUAAAACAUGGUGAAGACAGACCAAUGCCAGUGACAUUGGUGUGGGGUAUAAAGCCAAUAGACAAUGGAGACCAUUUAAACCCUAUGAGCAACAGCACACUUGUAAUUGACACCACACUCAAUAUCAGCAGCCUUGCUGCCCAAACUUGGCUGUAUAAUUUCUGUGACAGAGUUAACCAAACAUUUCCUUUGGCUACCAUCCAAGAGACUACUGUUUGUUUUAUGAAGGCCUUUCAGAAGUGGAUGGAGAGCAGACAGUGCUCCGAAAAUACCUCCUUUAAUCCAUGCUGUAACAAUUUCCUUUUCCCAUAUGCGAGUGAGGUUUUUGAGUACUGCAUAAAAAUCAUGGCAAUGGAGAAAAGUGGAGAACAAACAGGAGUCCAAGAUCUUGGUCCAAGGUUUGAUGCUGAAGGAAAGUUGGUUGCACUGGUAUUGCAGUUUCAAAGCUCUGAUUAUUACAGUUUCAAUUUCAGCAAAACAAAGCAUUUCUAUGAACAGGUAAACUCUUGGUUGAUGGCAGAAGCAAAGACAGCACCACCAGGUCUUCAGAAUGUUUGGUUUGUUAGUAAUCUUGAGUUAUACAAUCUGCAGGAAGCUUUGAGCACUCAGGUUUUGGUAGUUACAGGCUUGUCUAUAGCCAUAUCAUGGUUGGUUCUGCUGUUAACAACAUGGAAUAUUCUGCUUGCCGUAUACUCAGUUGCAACCAUUGCAGGGACAGUGUUUGUGACUGUUGGGCUUCUGGUACUCCUGGAAUGGCAGCUGAAUGCUGUUGAAUCCCUGUUUAUUUCCACAGCAGUGGGUCUGUCAGUAGACUUCACUGUUAACUACUGCAUCUCUUACCAUCUAUGCCCACAUUCUGAUCGCUUUAGCAGGGUUGCAUUCUCUUUAAAGCAGGUAAGCUGUGCCACAGCAAUGGGUGCUUCUGCACUGUUUUCAUUGGGGGUAAUAAUGCUGCCAGCCACUGUGUUGGCAUAUAGACAGCUAGGGAUAUUUCUCAUGAUGAUCAAGUGUAUCAACUGUGGGUUUGCCACUUUCUUUUUUCAAUCCUUGUGUUGUUUCUUCGGACCAGAGAAGAACUGUGGUCAAAUAAUGUGGCCUUGUCCAAAUCACAGGGAAUAUUCUGACCAUGGCAGAACCAACAGAACAUUUACUUGUGGAGAAACUGAAAACCAUACCAGAUCACAGCAAGUGAAAGAAACAGUGGCUGACAGUGAGCAGUAUGAACUUCAGGCCCUGGCUAGAAACCUCAGUGACAGCUUUGAUAACAGCACAUGCACAAGCAAGUUAUCCACCAGACCUUCUGUCCUUUCUGAUGAAGUCCACCUCCAAGACAUAGGCUGCUCUGGGAUAGAGGGUAAUCAAGUGAAGGGAAGCAUAAGAAACAAGGAUGAGAAAACUUCUAUCCAGCACAUCAAUUCAUGCCAGUGCCCCGCUAUGCAGACUUCUUCUCCUUACAAACAAAAUAGCAUGAAGGCAGCAAUGGAUACCAACCAAGACAGAAUUUGCAGACAUUGCCACUGCCAAAACUACUCUCCCAAUGCAUGGGAUAGAUCAAUGACAGACCACACCCAUCUUUGCAGUACAGAGGAGGGGUCAAUGCCACUACAAGUCAGUCACUGUACAACUGACUGCACUCAACAAAAGACUUGCAUCUCCCCUUGUGUAGAAAAAACUACAAAUGCUGGUGCUUCUGAAUUUCAUCGUGGCCUUUAUUCGUCCAGUAGCUCUUUUGAUGUUCUUAAUGACUCAAGUGAAACUUGUCUCAGUGAAUGCGAUCCAAGUGUGCAGCUCGCGGAAUCAAGGUGCUCCACUCCUGAGGCACAACAAGAUACAAAUCAGACUGAAAGAGGACAGCUUAAUGGUAGGAGAGAAACACUGCGGCUGGCCCUAAAGGAUACAGUGUUUGAUACCACCCCCUCCUCUUCACACCACAACAGUUCUUCAUGGAGGGACCCCAGGAACAAAGACCCUGUAAUUGUACCAAACAGUAAACCAGAUAUGCCAGAUGUGUGGGUUAAACGAAGCAAUGAGUAUAACCCUGGCCACAGUAGCUAAAGGGAAACAACGAAUUGGCAUGUCCUUCUUAAAAUAAAAAUGUUCAUUUAAUAAGACUACAACAUGCAAUUUUUCUACCUGUCUCGCAUUGAAAGAUAUAGGAAAAAGGGACACGUCAGAGCAAAGUUUGUUCAUUUUUAAGAUACAAGAUACUGCAAAAUAUGUGUCUUGUUUUUAAUAACUACAUUUUCUACUAAAUGUAAUGAGAAACAGAUAGUUAAUGUUUUUAAAUCUAACUGGCUGAGACAACAUUCCACUGGGAUUAUAUUUUAUAUGUAUGAAUUUGUAAGACAUGGCUGCAGAAAAAAAUGCCUUUGUGGUUAUCUAUUCUGCUUGCAUGUGCAGUAGCCUUUGUAUUCACACACACAAAUGCUGUUUAUCUCCCUGUCUAAACCUACUCCUGCUUCAUCUGUUUAAUCAUUUGGCCCUCUACCCUCACACUUUUCCCUGACUCAGCUCUACUCUCACGUGAUGUUGACUACCUGUUUCAUUAAAACAACCUUGUAAGUUCCACUCCGUUACUACAAGCUCGUAUUUAAAAUCCCUUAUAUUCCUCCUGAAGAUUCAGGCUUUUUUAUUGACUCUUUCCACCUCGUAAGGUUCAAGAAGCUAUCACUCAAUCCUUGCAGGGACUUGAAGGUCUCCAUCUUGUUUCUGUUGCAACUUUUCCUUUCCAGUAGAUAAUACAGACUGAACUCCCAAAGUCCUCCUUCUAGAAGUUAUCCCAUUGACCAUAGAUGGUUCAGACUAAGGCAGUCAGAGAAAAUGAUGCCAUCUUUGGUACAGGCCGUAAAACUGUAGACAGUACAAAGUACAAGUUACUGCCAUGGCUUUGUAAAUCAACAGUUGGUGCAUACCUUUGAAACAUGGAUUUGGGAUCAAAGGUAAAGACCAGCUGGAUCAAUUAGGUUUCAUAAGUGCUUGCUUAUCAGUUAUGCUGCAAAUCCCAAUUCACCAAUAACUUAAUUUCACCUGAAAGAAAAACAAUAGCAAGAAAGCCUUUUAUCUGGCUCAUCCAAUUUCCAAAAGCAUCUCUUCACAAGAUCCAGAGAAGUCUUAAUUCUCACUCAUAUCUUAUCAGACCCACAACUGAAUAUAAUUCACCUUUUGGCAUGUAUUUGUCAAAAUAUAUCAACUUGAGAGAUCUGACAGAUUCAGAAAUAAAAAAGAUCAGUGGCCUCAAAAAACCUUAGUUAUCAGCCCUUUUUCUGUGCUCACUCUCGUACAGACUCCUUCAUGUAGAUCUUUGCCUAGCCUUUCAAGCCACAAAAGAUUCAACUCUAUUUGACUUCCUAUUCCUUCGCAAAACUAAUGGUACCCCAAAUACUCUAUUAAGGAAACCUUCAACAGCCGAUACAUAAAACACAUUGGCCUGGUAGAUUCAUAUCUCAAUGUAUCCUGCAGCUCUGGAACAAACUUUCACUCCAUGUUAAGCAGAGUAGCACGCUUGCAACCUUCGAGAUAAACCUAGAUAAUUGGAUGGCCAGCCUUAAAUUCUCCUCUAGUCUAUCAUGUCUUGCCCUCCUUCAGGCUAAAGGUAACUUUUCAUUUUUUUUUUCUUGGUUAGGCUUAUAAUUGUCUGAUGACUGACUGCCAAGUACUUAUAUAUGAACCUAAGAAUAUUCUUUUGUCUGCCCUAGGCAUUUUUGAAAUUACUUACUAGUUUUUAUAGGGCAGCCUUUUCAGAAAGCUGGUAUAGCCGUUUCUCUCUGUGUAAAUAAAUCAAUGAAUACUCAAUCUCUCCUCCAAACUGCUCAUAUUGUGACAUAAGAUUGUGCCCUAUUGUGCAUAUCUGGCCAUGUAAAUGUUACAUCCUGGGGUAUUUCCAGUUUCCUUGAAGCAUGUGUAAAGUCUGUAAUAUGGCAUGCAACCUACCCUUAUUUCCUCUGCAGUACAAAUGGCAAUUUGUGUUAGCCACUCCAUUUCUUUAUGCAUCUUUCCGGUGCAGCCCUCAGACCAGCUUCUUCUUCUUAAUCCUUGUGAAAAUAAGAUUCUAAGACUGCAAAGCAGUACACCAGAUAAGGCCUGCUUAACUGGCUGUGUUUUUAGUAAUAGCUGCCUGUAUUCCACUAGUGUUUCUACAGAUCCCAGAAUCUCACCAACAUAUCCAUACUUUUUUUUUUUUUUUUACUGGCCAGCAAUUUCCUUGCAAAUGAAUAGUCCUUCUGAGUUGUUUUCCAGCUGGAUUACUUGACAUGUAAUUGUACUGAAUUUAAACUCCCAUGUUUCUUACCAUUCCUACAGACAUGCUAUCUUCUUUUUUAAUACUUCUUCCUCCUACACAUCUGUAGAACAGCCUUGAAUUAUCUUUGAAAUGGGGAGCUGUACUUUCCAGCUUUUCUGCAAUGCAACUUAGAAAGAAAUUAAAGGGACUAAAGCCAGUACUGAAUGCUGUAUAACAAUUCCCAGGUAGCUUGGCAUCCAUUUUUCUUUGGCUGCUCAGAAGUGUAACUAGAGUAAAAAAAAGAAGGGGCAUAUACCCUGGGUGCAAUGUAUUAGAAGGCACCGUGGGAAGAUGCCAAUUGGUAGGUAGCAUUGCAAGUGCUGGCAUUCAGUUUUGUACCAACAUUUCUGAAUGCCGGUACAGAAAUGACUUCAUAUGCAGCUUACUGUAGUGCUGUAGCAAGUGGCUUACUAUAGUUUUUCAAAAGCAGAAGACUUUGUGCUUUCUUUUUUUUCACUCUUCAACUUUGGUUUGAGUGCCACAGACCAGGAAAGAAGGAACUUUACUCAAUGUUCCACAGGAGCCAGCUACUGCUCUGUUUCUUAUAGUAAGCAAGAGCUUUUAAACUAUAUACAGUUCUAUGCACUGAUCUUAUUUCAUUUUUACUUCUUGCUUCAUAUGUUUUGGCAGUCUUGUAUUGUGCUACCUUCAUAUUAUAUGCAAGAACUAGCUCUAUCCAUUAGGCACAACUACAUUCCCAAAGUCUGAUGUAAAAGUUUGCUCCCUAGAUCACAAACUACCCCUGGAAAUUGUCCGUCAUUGCAUUGGCAGUUAACAUCAGAUCGUUUAAGUCUUAUCUAUCAACUGUGAUACAUUUUGUGAUAAUUAGUAACCAGCUCCUCAAACUAAAUGAAAUAAAAAUGACUAUGUGCCCAUCCAAAGGCUAAUGAACUCCAGAGUCCCAGUAGAAAACAAAUAGCAAAAAAAAAACCCAGCACAGCCAUAACAUAGUCAAUCUAUAUUAAAGUAAAAAAAAAUGGUAUGAUAAGCUCCUUCCAACUAUAGCCUCUAUGAGAUCAAAACAACCUUUUAUAACAUAAUCAAGUUAUUUUUCUUGCAGAACUGCAUUAAGAAUUGCAGAAAUCUGUUUCAGAAAAAUGAAAAUGCUCGUGCCUUUUAACCAUCCUAAAAUGUUAGUGCUUUUACCUGCUAACUGAACACUUUCUAUUGAGACCUUAUCUUGUAUUUGCAUACCAUUGAAGUGUGGUUUGGUUUCCAGUUGUAAGAAGAAGACUAAAACCUAUUCUAUAGAGCAAACUCCUCCAUGAAAGGCAAACGUUUUCUGAUCUGUCUCCUGCAAAGCUGGAGACAAUGUUCACAGUGGACAUGGUUUGCUGUGGUGUAUAUUGGAGGAGAUCAGAAAAGGAUGGAGACUGAAAAGUCAAAACGUAGAUGAUCCCUCUUCUGCAGGUGGAUGAUCUAUGUGGCUAGCACUAAUCUUCCCCCUAUUGAUGGCUUAAAUGUUGCAUCCAAGUCCUAUAAUAUACAAGUCAAAAUGGAGCAGAAAGUUGGUACAUUCAGAAUCAUGAACAGCUAAGCCAUGCAUAGAAUUUAAUGCUUUUGUGGCUGCUUUGUGGGUUUGCACUGGGGAGGUGGUGGGCUAGAGGAAUACAGCAACAAAUGGCUCUGUGGCAUGGAACCACCAAAGGUUUUCCAUCUGGUUAGCAGAUCAUGAUCAAAGAUGCAAAAUGCAUAAUCCAGCAAGCAAACACUACAGUGACUGGCUAAUGCAUAUUACUUGUUUAGAAUGUAGAAAAAGAUAAAGGUGACAUAUUUCUUUUUCUCUGUAUUUUACAAAUAUUAAAAACAAUGGCUCCUUCGUUCCAAAAUUAGAUGUUAAGAUGCUGAAAUCCUAGGGUAAAUAAAGGCCAAAAGCCACAACUGAGAACUGAUGCAAAACAA